AUGGACGACGCCGCGCGCAGACGCGUGGGAUCGAUCGCUCAUCACGUGAACCCGAACAAUCAGGACCUCGCGAACGAAGGUUUCUCUCGCUCGACGUACGCGAGCGCGGACGCGUCGACGGUGAGCUCGUACGAGCGCGUGCACGGGAACGUCAGUCGUGACGCGGUGAAAUGGACGCGAGCGAGCGUGCGGACGGAUGCGAGCGAUGGGGCGACGAUCGAGCUCAGGGAGGUGAUUUACGAGAAAUCACCAGAGGGCAUCGCGCGGGUAACGAUUAAUCGACCGGAAAAACGGAACGCGUUCACGCCGAGAACGAUCAAGGAGAUGCGAUGGUGCAUGGACGACGCGCGGGACGAUGGGUCGGUGGGAGUGAUCGUGCUGCGAGGGAUGGGAGACUUGGCGUUUUGCAGCGGCGGCGACCAGAGCGCGAGAGGCGAGGGUGGAUACGUCGACGCCAAGGCUGGAGGGAGCGAACACACGCCGAGACUGAACGUGUUGGAUCUGCAGAUGCAGAUUCGACGAAUGCCGAAGCCCGUGAUAGCGAGCGUGGCGGGAUACGCCGUUGGUGGUGGACACAUUCUGCACAUGGUGUGCGACCUGACCAUCGCGGCGGAUAACGCGGUGUUCGGGCAGACGGGACCAAAGGUAGGGUCCUUCGACGCCGGAUAUGGGAGCACGCACAUGGCACGGCUGAUUGGACAAAAGAAGGCGCGGGAGAUGUGGUUCUUGGCGCGUUUCUACAACGCGAUCGACGCUUUGAAGAUGGGAUUGGUGAACACCGUAGUGCCGCUCGCCGAGCUCGAGACAGAGACGGCUGUCUGGUGUCGUGAAAUUCUGCGAAACUCUCCCACGGCGAUCCGUUUGUGCAAAAAUGCGCUAAACGCGGCCGAAGAUGGGCAAGCUGGCAUUCAGGACAUGGGUGGAAGCGCCACUCUACUCUUUUACCAGUCAGCGGAAGGGAACGAGGGGAGGCGCGCUUUCUUGGAGGGUCGCAGGCCAGACUUCUCUAAGUUUCAGAGGUUCCCAUAG